AUGACAACUAUAAUUCCAAAUAUUCGCCAGGAGCACUUCACUGGAGGAUCAAAGUGCAAAGGAUCAUCAGAGUUUGUUAAACUGUUAAACAUGCGUCUUAAGGAUACACCACUUCUUAAACAGACCUCCAAGCCACUCUUAUGGGUGGAUAUCGAUGACUCUGUUCUCAAGGCAUUUGAAGUAAUAUGCUCCCAGAAAGUACUAUCCAUUCCGGUAUUCUCAACUUUGGAGAAUAAGUGGGUAUCAAUGCUAGAUGUCAAGGACUUAUGUGCCCACAUAGUAUCAUUGUUUGAUCCAAAGAAUCAAAUGAGAACCCCUGUACCAGACGGUUAUACAGUACGCAAUCUACUUACAUCCAAUGAGCCUGGUGAAGAUCUGAUCAGAAACUGUCCAAUUGUAACACAAGAUUGUACAGUACUUGAACUACUAAAUAUCUUCAACAAGAAGAUACAUCGUAUCUGUGUAUCAAAUGGACCGAGUCCAAUGGAUAUCAAGAUCAUAUCAGAGAUGUCCCUAAUCAAAUGGAUCGAUCAGAAUAGGGAGAAGAUGGGUCCAAUAUUCGAGAAGACACUAGAGGAGUACAAGUUGUAUGAUCCAGAAAAGAAGAUUAUAUCAAUACCAAACAUUAAGUUGGCAAUAGAUGCUUUCAGAAAGUUGAAGGAUAACAAUAUCUAUGGAAUGCCAAUCGUUAGUGAGACUGAUGACGAGCUUGUUGAUAGUAUCUCAGUAAUUGACAUAAGAAAUGCCAGGUUAGACCUUGCUAGACUUAAGCAACCUCUGUCCGAAUACUUUAAUCCAUCAACGGGCAAGGGAACUUCUAUUCAGAGGACACCAAUCAUUUGUACUCCACAUACAAGGAUCAGAGAGGCCAUUGGAAAGAUAGCAUCGACCAAGGUUCAUAGGAUAUUUAUCAUUGAAGGUUUGGUGGAUGGCCGUAUGAACAACAAGCCACUCUCUGUUGUCUCGGUGUCUGACAUUGUCAGAGUGAUACUAACACGUGCCAACGAGGAGAUGGGCGUUGUUGGUGUUGGCAGUCAGUAA